GCGCAGUGAGGAGGAAACUGCUGUGGUUCGUUUCAUGGCUAUGUGUGGCUGAGUCAAAGAGUGAACGAGAAAAGCUAGCGAGAAAGAGUGUGUGUGUGUUUUUGGGGCUCACACUCUUGUCGGCUGCUGACCUGUGCGUGAGGCCUCGUCAAAACGCUCGGACCCGCUGUUGGAAAAGGAAAGUCAGGAGAAGAAGAAAAAGAGAAACAGAAACGCCUGGAAUGACGGUAGCCUCCAAAGAGCUGAAUUAAGACAAGAACGGGCAGCGCGCGCCGCCGAGAGAUAAGCGAGCAGUGAAGCCGUGAGAGAUCAAGCGAGACUUAACUCAGCUGGUGGAUUGCCCCGUUUAACGUCUAGGGUGGAAAAGAUCGCGAAUUAGGAUACAAAAUGGCAGAUGCAGAUGUGGACUUUACAACAGGUGAUGCUGGGGCUUCCACCACCUACCCCAUGCAGUGUUCUGCUCUCCGCAAGAACGGCUUUGUGGUGCUGAAGGGUCGACCAUGCAAGAUUGUGGAGAUGUCCACUUCCAAAACUGGCAAACAUGGGCACGCAAAGGUCCACAUGGUUGGCAUUGACAUCUUUACUGGCAAAAAAUAUGAAGAUAUUUGUCCCUCAACUCACAACAUGGAUGUCCCUAACAUCAAGAGAAUGGACUAUCAGCUGAUUGGCAUUACAGAUGGCUACCUGUCUCUGCUCCAGGACAGCGGUGAGGUCAGAGAAGACUUGAAAAUGCCUGAGGGAGACCUGGGCAAAGAGAUCGAGAGCAAGUAUGAAGCUGGAGAGGAGAUGCUGAUCAGUGUCCUGUCUGCAAUGAAUGAAGAGGCUGCAGUGGCCAUUAAAGCCAUGACUAAAUAAAGCCCAGCAGUUUUACCUAACCCUUUUAAUUUUCAUUCUGACUUGCUCCCUUACUCCUGCCUGUUUUUCCUCUGCUUUUCCUUUCUUCCUUUCUCUCAGGUAUUUGCAAGAUGCACUGGACCUGGACAAAAGGAGAGAAUUACGCCUCAGCAAUGCUAUCCCCUCCUGUUGUUUUUUUCCCCCGUCCUCUUUUUAUUUUAAUUCUUCAUUCUCUCCCGUUCUUUAUGUACUUAAGCCUGUCUUUGGGUUGGACGAUUAGAAGAAAAAAAAUAAAUAAUUGGAAAUGGUUGCAAAUGGACAAAUAUCUCUGUAAAUACACUGAAUAUACAUUAAUCAACAAUAUUUUGAAUGUAUAUAUUAGAGGAAAAAAGCAGAAUGACACAAGAUCUUUAGCUUUGGGAACUGUAAAGGCACGUCAUAUGUAUUAUACUAACAUGCGUCUGUUCUCAUUUUGUCUUUGGCUUGUUUUUUUUUCGUUUCCUUUUUUAUAUUUACAUUUGUCCCGGUCGCCACCAUCUCUUACCAGUUUAAAUUGGACUGUUGUGUUCUAAUGGCGGCACUGCGGUAAAAGACAAGAAGACCAUGUGUAAUGAGAUGUGGCGUGGUCUUACACCUAAUCCUUUAUUUUUUGGUAGCCAAAAUAUAAAAGAUGGGGAAGAUGUCUUCAUAAUGAGUGAACAUGUAUUUAGCGAGAUGUAAAAAAGAUAAAUAAAAUGUCCUGUUUACACCAUUUUAAGCACUUCAUCAAAUAUAAGAAUGUUUUCAUGUAGAAAAAUGGUUUAACCAAAUUUUCAGGACUGCAGUCUUAAAAUGAUGGGAGGGACACCCUCUCUUCCCCCAAAAAACAAAACUUGAACAUUUGGGGAGUACAGCUGGCAAGAAGUUUGGUCUCGGUACAUACUCAGGCUAAGAGAUGUACAACUGUCAUUCCCUUAUCACUUCUUAACAGGGGUUAUUCUCCAACAUUUAUUUUAAUUUGGUGAAUCCCUAUCCCCAUGGGUUUGGCUUCCUGUGCUGGCUCAUAUUUGAACUUGGUGUUAAAAUAAUUUCUUUUUACUUUCAUAUUACUUUAGCAGAACUUUUGUUUGUACCCUGACUGUGAUAAACAGCUGUAUUAAAGAGAUUCUCAUACCCUAAUAUUAAA